AAGCAGAUCUCAGGUGGUUUAACUCAGAGAUGUGAUGCGAUCUGUGUUUUCCUCCAGGACCUGAACAAGAAGCAGACCCAGAAGGACCUGGAAUGUGCCAUGUUGCUGCGACACCACGAGUCCACGCAGGAGCUGGAGUUCAGGCAGCUGGGCUCAGUGCAGAGAACCAGAGCCGACCUGAUCCGAACGCAGCACCAGACCGAACUGACCAACCAGAUGGAGUACAACAAGAGGCGUGAGCAGGAGCUUCGACAGAAACACGCCAUGGAGGUCCGGCAGCAGCCCAAGAGCCUCAAGUCCAAAGAGCUGCAGAUUAAACGCCAGUUCCAGGAGACCUGUAAGAUCCAGACCCGCCAGUACAAAGCGCUGAGGAACCACCUGCUGGAGAGCACUCCAAAAUCCGACCACAAGGCCGUCCUCAAACGCCUCAAAGAGGAGCAAACACGUAAGCUGGCCAUCCUGGCCGAGCAGUACGACCACUCCAUCAACGACAUGCUGUCCACACAGGCUGUGAGUAAGCUUCGGCUGGAUGAGACUCAGGAGGCCGAGUACCAGGUUCUGAGGAUGCAGCUGCAGCAGGAGCUGGAGCUGCUCAACGCCUACCAGAGCAAGAUCAAGAUCCACACCGACACCCAGCACGAGCGGGAGGUGAAGGACCUGGAGCAGCGGGUGUCGAUCCGCCGGGCGCUGCUGGAGCAGAGGAUUGAGGAGGAGAUGCUCUCCCUGCAGAACGAACGCUCGGAACGAAUCCGGACUUUGCUGGAGCGUCAGGCUCACGAGAUCGAGGCGUUUGACUCGGAGAGCAUGCGUCUGGGCUUCAGCAACAUGGCGCUGUCCGGCAUCCCGGCCGAGGCCUUCAACCAGGGCUAUCCGACCCCCAGCCCGUCCUCGGGCUCCAGCGGCUGGCCGUCGAGACCCGUCCCGCGAUCCGGCAGCCACUGGAGCCACAGUGUACAGAACUCGGUGGCGACUCCGUCCUGGCGCAGUCAGAACCACGGUGGCGGCGGCUUCAGCCGGGCCGAGUCCAUCGCCUCCUCCCACGGCCUCGGCAGGGACAGUGAGCUGAUUAAGACCGGCAGGGUUCACUCUUCCUCGUCCUCCUCGUCCUCCUCGUCCUCCCACCACCAGCAGCACUACCUCCCCCAGCACUACCAGCACCACCAGAGCACUCCGCAGCUCUACCGCGACUCCCACGACUCCAGGGAGCGCGAGCGGGCCCGAGAGUGGGUGGGCGGAGGAGGCCACUACUCCCAUCACUCCCAGGGCCACCACCAUCACCUCUCCUCCCACGCCUCCUCCCAGUCCCUGGCUCUGCUGCCUCCCCCGCCGCCGCCUCCCCCCAUCUCCCUCUCCUCUUCCUCCCCUCCCUCCUCCGCCUCCUCGUCGUCGUCAUCACAGGGAGGCUACGGCGGCGGCGGCCUGAGUGUCCGGGGUCCCAGCCUGAUGGCGCUCAGGAACAGCCCCCAGCCGCUGAGGAGGACGGCGUCCGGCGGUCCGGGCGGCGGCAGCGACGGCGGUUUGAGCCGGAGCACAUCGGUCACCUCCCACAUCUCCAACGGAUCCCACCUCUCCUACUCCUGAAGGCCUCCUUCACUGAGGAAACUACAGGGCUACGAGCUGAUUCCAAUACAGGAGCAGUUCAGAGAGGGAGGGAGGGAGGGAGCGGUUAGUUUUUACUUUUUAGAUUUUAAAACGUGAAUAAUUUCAUUCUUUGAAAAACACACACAAAUACCCUUAUUUUAAGCGUAUGUUUUAAGAUCUCCUUGCUGGAAGUGUGCAGGGAUGUUCAGCUGCAGGAAAAGAAAGAGAGGACGCCUUCAGGGCUGCAGCGGUGUAUGGCAAGUCAGCUUCACAUUUAAUAGCUGCAAAUGUCUAAUUCAGUUCGUCAAAGAGAUCAUCUGCAGCUAAAGUAUGACGAAUUGUAAUUAUCUGUCUCGUCAUAAUCUGCUUCACAAUUUUAAACAUCCUGAAUAAACUUAAUUUAGAUAUCCUAAAUGAGGUUUUUAGAUAUCUUACAUUAAGGUUGAACUAAUUGAAGGGAGGUGUUUUAAAUUUGUUAACAACCAGCCGGAGUGAUGCUGAUUUGAGGGACUGCAUUGUGCGAUAACUGGUUUCUGUCAUUUUGACUGUUCAAAACUGAGUCACGGAUAUUUUCAGAUGUCGUUUUGAAUAGUCAGAAUGAUGCUACAGAUAUCUGGAAUCAGCCUCUGACUAAUCACAGUCCAGUAUCUAAAGUAACGCUGCAGAUGUGGGUCAUUUUAAAACUUAGCGCCUGGCGAGGGAUGUCGAGAGUGCAAUGCAAGUUUCUGAUGAGUGGUGUGAUUAUUUUGUCUCUGGCUGUAGUUUCACUGGUCAGAAUGACAUUGUUAAUGUCUGUAUUUUAAAGAUAGUCACACUUAGCUAACAGCUCGCAAUGACGUUAAACCAUCUGUUGAGGGAUGUCAGUGCUGUUGCGUUUUCAGCCAAAACCGAACUACAAGCAUCUCCGUAUUGUUUCGGCCGGUCAGGCUGAUGUUGUCAUUUUAGCUCCGACAUCAACUUCAGCUAUUAAAUGUCAAAGCGGCUUGCCAUAGCAGGAGUGUUUUAAAACCCUGAGUUGCACAGGAGCAGAGAUAUAAUCAGAAAAAAAUAAGACGUGAAAAUGAGCCAUGUGUUGCGAAGUGAACAAGUCGAACCAUCCGGGGGGAAAAAAACAAAAAAACAAAAACUUGUUUGCUUUGUAGCCUCCAUUGCACAGUGUUGAGGGUUUAGACGGACUCGCCUGUCGGAUCAGGUGUUCAGAGUCGCAGCAGGUUUCUUUUUUCUUUUGUUUUGUAUCGAACUGAGCGACAGUUGUGGAGCUUCCACUUGGCUAGCGGUGCUUUAAAAACCACUGUAACUAUGUAAAUAACGCUAAAAUUGUAAACCCGGUUUUUGAUUUCUGAGUGUUUCAUAGCUGGGGGGGGAGGGGAGGGGGAGGAGUCGACCAAGGGAAGAUUUCUUGAAAACACAAUUCUUUUACUCGUAGUGAUAAGAUUCUGUAUAUGACAAUAAAAAAAAAACAACACACACACUGCCAUCUUUCUGUUGGGCUGCAGAGAAACUCUACCACUGCCCUCUGAUCUUCUUAAAGGAACCGUUGGAAACUUUGGGAGCGUUUACAGUCAGAAUUAGAUUCAAUCGACGAGUUCACGACAGAAGUAGCUCCGAGUUUUAUUUAGCUUAGCGCUGAUGCUAAAAGCAGCUUCCAACAGCUUCACAUGGACGAGAUCUGUGUGCGGAGACAAACUGUGAGUGGGAAGGCAGCAGCAGCAGCCCACCAAACAUGACAUUUAUAUACAACUAGAAGAACGCUGCUUGUUCUUAGACUUCAGCUUCAUUUGAACUCUUUCAGUUUUUGCUCACUGGUUGUGUUUACUACAGUAUCACACUUUCACAAUUAAUAACAGCUUUUACAAGUUAAGGCACCAAAAACAUCACAGUUGAGGUUCAAAUACUUUCAAUACCUGAUUGAAGCCUUUGUGAUGGAAAAACUAUUAAAUUAAUGGAAAAGAUGUGUUGACUAGAAACAUGUUUGUGAUCCUUCACAAACAAACAUAAUCCAUUAGAAAAUACACGAAACUAAAAGAGAAAACUCUGCUGGUACAUCCCAUAAUAUUGAUG